AUGUCAACAACCAGAAUUCCGCAAUUGAAUGGUAACGUCGGAACCCCAAAUACCCAGCGUCGCCCAGUCGCACAUUUCCUUCCGGAUGAAACACAGAACGGCCAUUUAUCUCCUCCCAUGAACGGUCACAGUCAUAGUCACAGCAACGGCAACGGUGUCGAGUCAGACUCGCAAGACUUAUCGGACAGCACCUCUUCCACCCGCUCCACCUCAGUAAACGGCACCAGAAGUCGACGACGCCCAGGCAUGUCUCGCAAGGCCUCGUCUCCAAUGGCGCCUACCUUCAUGGUAUCGGCGCCAGGAAAAGUCAUUGUCUAUGGCGAACACGCCGUCGUUCACGGCAAAGCGGCCCUGGCUGCGGCUAUUUCUCUUCGAUCUUAUCUCCUCGUCACCACCCUUUCAAAAUCACAACGCACAAUUACCCUCAACUUCGGAGACCUGGGUCUAAAGCAUACUUGGAAUAUUGAUACACUUCCGUGGGAUGUAUUCCACCGCUCAGACAAAAAGAAGUUCUACUACAGCCUGGUCACAUCUCUCGAUGACGAACUCGUUCAAGCACUUGAGCCCCACCUCGAACACGUCUCCGAGGGCAUUCCCGAAGAGCAACGCAAACCUCAUGUCCGCUCCGCCUCCGCAUUCCUCUACCUCUUCCUCUCCCUGGGUUCUCCACAAAGCCCAGGUGCCAUCUACACCCUUCGUUCUACAAUCCCCACCGGCGCCGGAUUAGGCAGCAGUGCCAGUGUAUGCGUUUGUUUAAGUUCCGCUCUUCUGCUCCAGAUAAGGACUCUCGCCGGUCCUCAUCCUGACCAGCCCCCUGAUGAAGCUGAGACUCAAAUUGAACGUAUCAACCGUUGGGCGUUUGUGGGCGAGCUCUGCAUUCAUGGAAACCCCAGUGGGGUAGACAACACGGUCUCCGCAGGCGGCAAGGCUGUGUUCUUCAAGCGAACCGAUUACGAGAAACCACCGACUGUCCUUCCACUUCCAAAUUUUCCUGAAUUACCGCUUCUUGUCGUCGAUACCCAACAAACCCGCUCCACCGCCACUGAAGUAGCGAAGGUGCUUGAGUUGAAAAAGGCACUCCCUGUUGUAACGGAAUCUAUCUUGGACGCCAUUGACAAAAUAUCAUGUUCUGCGCGCGAAUUAAUCGACUCACCUGACUCUGAUAACGAGUCUGCGGAGGCCAUGGAUCACUUCGGUACUUUGAUUCGUCUCAACCACGGCCUGUUGGUCUCAUUGGGCGUCUCCCAUCCUCGCUUGGAGCGAGUUCGUGAACUUGUUGAUUCUGCCAAUGUUGGUUGGACCAAGUUGACUGGUGCUGGCGGUGGUGGUUGUACUAUGACUCUUCUUCGUCCUGAUGCGAACCCCGAGGCUGUUAAGGCAUUGAAGGCUCAGCUUGCCGCUGAAGGCUUCAACAAAUACGAAACCACACUCGGAGGUGAUGGUAUCGGUGUCCUCUACCCGGCGGUUCUGCGCAACGGCUCCGACGAGGAGGGCGGCGAAGAAAUUGACCAGGAAAAGUUCGAAGAGGCCGAGGGUCACAUCGGUAUUGAGCAACUCGUGGGAGUGGGAUUCCACGAAAAGCGCGAAGGCUGGAAGUUUUGGAAACGAGCUGCUGCUGCUUAA